GGCGAGAUCCAGCCACAGCAGUAGCAGGGAGUGUAGUGUCUCCACCCCCAGUGCGCGUCCAGACCGUCCACCCCAGCAUGUUUGACGCGGGAGUGGGGAUCAUGCAGAGCUGGUUCUGUGCCUGCUUUGACAGCUCCUGGGUGUUGUACACCUGCGUCCUUCUGGUCCUGGUCAUCUGGGUGGCCAUCGUGACUCAGCACAGCUUCUCCUGGAGAAGCAGGAUGGCUCUUCUGGUCAGCAGGCUCCGGUGGAGGGGGACGGAGGACGAGGGAGAAGGUGCAAAGAAGCAGCGGGUGAAACAGCCGCGUGACCGGCUGAGCCGGGACCUCCCACGCUGCGCUCGCCGAGCUGCCAGGCGCCGCUCCAUCCGCCAGCUGCUGUGUGACAACUCAGACUGUGCCCUGUGCAAUGAGGUGGCCUGGCAAGCCGAGCAGCUGGUAUAUGCCGACAGGGCCAGCGCCUGGGUCCCUACUGGGCCAGGGUCACCUCCUGCUCCCGCCUCCCACUCCAAAGGGAGAAACUUGCUGAGUAGAUCCAUGUGGAGAGGCCUGGAUGUGCUGCAGUGGUGCCGCUCUAGGACAUGUAUAGGAGACCAGGUCCUCCCACCCGCGCAGGGCCACUUCCCACCCAGCAAGUCCCGUUCCCCUCCUGAGCGCCAGGCAGGCAGCCGGAAAACGGAGUGCCGCCCGCCGAGGGAGGAUGAGGAGGGGCUGUCCUGCCCACAGCAAGUCAAAGGCUCCUCCACGGAGCAGGACAAAUGUCUCUUCUGCUCCUCUCUCUGGGAUGAGACUCUCCUUCGCGGGCAAGAGCAGGCCCAGAGCUCCUCUUCUCUACAGCAUGAGCCGCUCCUACUCGCUUGGGAGCUGAGAACUGGAUCGAGCCAGCAUGAGCCAUUUCUUCCCAGGCAUGAGGAGUACCCCAGCCCCACUCCUGCCCAGCACGAGCCCUUCCCUCCAAGCCAAGCGGAAUGUGGCUGGGUCGGGAGUUUCCUGCACAGAGACAGAGCAAGGAGCCCCCAGGCCGCUCCCCAUUGGCAGGCGCAUCGCCCCGAUUGGGUGCCGUUUCUGGCCAAGUCCCCAGGCGGGACCAGGAUGUCAGGGCGGGAGGCCAAAUGGCAGCGAGACCGAGAAAGCACAGCACCCAGAGCCAUGGGGGAAGCUCCGAUGUCUCUGCCUGGGAGACCCCUGGUGCAGGUCAGCCCUGGAGCCCUGCGUGUGGCCGGCAGGCUCGAAUUGGCCGAAGCGGAGACCCCCUUCCUCCAACGCGAUGUCAGGGCGAGUCUCGAGCGGCACGUCCAGGUGAAGAGGCUGCAGCACACCCUGGGGCUGCCCUGCACCCUGCAGAGCGCUUUGAAGAUCUUCAUGCCCCCAGCACCGAAAUCCAUCGCACGCAAACCCUCGGGGGCAGGCAGGGUGGUGACGAUGCCACAGGCCCUGCCCUUCCUAAGCGUCGGCUCCAGGACAGAGCUGGAGCGGCAUCUGCAAAGGAUGGUGCAUCUGAAGAGAUGGGGGCUGCCCAGGAGGAUCCAGGAGUCCUUGAGGCUGCUGAUGCCAGCCACACCUCCACACCCCCGUCUCGGCCCCCUGCCGUCUGGGAAAUGGGCUCCAAGGGGGCCAGGCCCAGUGACAAGGGCAGCCCAGACGCCCGGCCUCAGAGCUAGACCCCCAGCCCAGGCCUCCCAGGGCCCCGCCAGAGCGUCCAAAUCCGCGCCCGGCUCGCACUGCUGCAGAGACACUCGGGAGCUGCAGGGGCACAUUGCCAGGAAGGGCUUGGAAAUCAGACUAGGCGUGCUGCCUGCCGCGCUGAGGAGCUUUCAGAAAAUGGCUGCCCUGGGGCGCAGAGACCUGCUCCUGCCUAAACUGAUCCCCCCGGGCUGCAAGGCCCCCCUGGUGCCCUGCCCGCCCGUGCCACCCGCCCCCCUGCUGCCCCUGGGUGUGGCCAUCGAGUUCUGCCCCCUGGAGACUCCCUUCAUGGCCCCUGAGGGCCGGGAGCUGCUGGAGAGGCAUGUCCUGAGGAAGCGGCUGCAGCACGAAUGGGGCCUGCCAGGCCUGGUGCGGCGAUCGCUGAGGUGUUUCAUGCCACCCCCGCCCACGCGCCCCAGGCCCAAGAGGAGCGACCGGCCGGCAGCCAUGGAGCUCCGUGUCAGCAGCGGGGCCCCUCCCAUCCCUCUGGCCACCAAGAGGGAGCUGGAAGCCCACAUCCAGCGGAGGGUGGCUGAGAGGAGGUGGGGGCUCCCCAGGAGAGUGCAGGAGUCCCUGCGGGGCUUCAUGCCUCCCACGACCGCAGCUCCGGGGACACAUCCAGACACGCAAGGCAGAAGGGCCAGCUGGCCGCUCAGGGGGCUGUCAGUGAGAAGGGCUCCAAGAGAAUCACCCUCCAGGGUGGCACCCGUGGGCCCCACAGCGGUGGCUGUCUCCUUAGCCGGGCCCCUGGGAACUGCAUGGCGCCAGCAGCUCAGCCGGGACACGUGCCACCAGCUGCUGGAGAGACAUGUGACCAGGAAAAACAUAGAGAUCCGUCUGGGCCUGAUCCCCCGCAGGGCCCAACACUCACAGGAAGCCGCCCGCCGGGUGGGAAAGCUCCCCUUGCCCCGGCUGAUUCAGCCGGGCCAGAGAUCCCUGGAGCUGCGGCCCCGGGAGCUGCUCUUCCUGGAGCAGGCGGCCUCAGAUCACCUGGAGCUCAACCUUCUCCACAAGCACCUGAGCUUCAGGUGGGGGCUGCCCACGCUCUACCGACAGUCCCUGGCCAAGCUGUUCCACACAGGCCCCUCGCCCGCCCCGCUGCCCGCCAGCUCCCGCGCAGCUGGGACUGAGUAAACGGAGCAGGAGCUGCCCUUCCU